AUGCCUAUUCCUGAUUUAAGUUAUCAAUUUGUGUCUGGAAAUUGUUUAUUGUAUGAGGAGUUGUCUUAUGAUCGUGAUGAGCUUAAGAGAGAACAUGAUUCCUUGGUUAGUCAGUUAACCGAAUACCAAAAAUAUGUAUACGAUACUGUACUUGGAGAUGUUAAAUGUCAUAAUGGUGGAUUAUAUUUUUUGUAUGGUUAUGGGGGUACAAGCAAAACUUUUGUUUGGAAAACUUUGUCAGCUGCUAUUCGUUCAAAAGGUGAUAUUGUCUUAAAUGUUGCUUCGAGUGGCAUUGCUUCUCUUCUUAUGCCUGGUGGUAGAACUGUUCAUACUCGGUUUGUUAUACCUAUUCAGAUUAAUGAGGAUUCAACAUGUAACAUAGCACAAGGUAGUGAUCCUGCUGAGUUAAUAAUCAAAUGCAAACUAAUAAUUUGGGAUGAGGCACCAAUGAUGCAUAAACACUUAUUUGAAGCAUUAGAUCGAACAAUGAGAGAUCUAAUGAGGUUUGAAAAUGUCUUAAGUGGAAGUCUGACUAUUGGGGGUAAGACUGUUGUUCUUGGUGAUGAUUUUCGACAAAUUUUACCAGUGAUUCCAAAGGGUUCAAGACAAGAUAUUGUUGGGGCAAGCAUUAACUCCUCUUAUCUGUGGAACAGUUGUAAGGUUCUAAGGCUAACUAAAAUAUCAAGAUUACAAUCAGUAGGAGAUGUUGAUUGUCGUGCACGAACUGAGAAUUUUGCUAAUUGGAUAGCUGCUAUAGGUGAUGGUGAAAUUGGUGUGGAAGAUGAUGGCCAUACAAGCAUAGACAUUCCAAAAGACAAUUUGUUACAAAUUUCAGGUGAUCCUAUUGAAGCAAUAGUUAACAACACAUUCCCAAUGUUUCUUACUGAUUCUUUUGAUAUGCGGCAUUUGAAUGGCCGAGCUAUAUUAGCACCAACUCUAGAUGUAAUUAAUGAAAUCAAUCAGUAUAUGCGUAAUUUGAAUCCGAUGGAUGGAAAACAUAUUUUAGUUGUGACAGUGUUUGUCACUCUAAUGCACGUACAGAUUCAUUUGCUCAACUACAUACCCUGGAAUUCUUGA